UCCGCAUCCCUGUGUACUGGCUGCCGCAGGGCCCGGCGAGCAGGUGGAGUUCACCCUCCCGCGGAGCACUGGGCGGUGGACCGCAGUGACGCGGCCGGAGACAUGGCGGCCACGCGCCUCUGAGGCCGCAGAGCCGGAGCCUCUGGCUGCGGGAGCUGCGCUACCAUGCAGCUUCGUUGCUGAAUGCCGGGGCGCGUGGCCCCGCGGAUCCUGGCUGCGGUCAUCACCCUGCAGUCUCCAUGCUGUAUUCCUCCCCACUGCUUCCGGCCGUGUAGCAGCCGGGCCUCAGGGCACUCCGCCUAUUCAUCAGGCACUUUUCCUUUUCGUUUUUACCUUCAUCCCUAUUUGCUUUUCCCCUUCUGCUUUGCAUCUAUCUCUGCCACCCCGCUAUGGCCGCAGAAGAGGUGCUGCAGACCGUAGACCACUAUAAGACUGAAAUAGAGAGACUGACCAAGGAGCUCACAGAAACGACCCACGAGAAGAUCCAGGCUGCCGAGUACGGGCUGGUGGUGCUGGAGGAGAAACUGACUCUCAAGCAACAGUAUGAUGAUCUGGAGGCCGAGUAUGACAGCCUCAAACAAGAGCUGGAGCAGCUCAAAGAGGCAUUUGGGCAGUCCUUUUCUAUCCACCGUAAAGUGGCUGAGGAUGGAGAGACUCGGGAGGAAACACUUCUGCAGGAGUCUGCAUCCAAGGAAGCUUACUAUCUAAACAAGAUCCUGGAGAUGCAGAAUGAACUGAAGCAGAGCCGGGCUGUGGUCACAAACGUCCAGGCAGAAAAUGAGAGGCUCUCAGCUGUUGCACAGGAACUGAAAGAGAACAAUGAGAUGGUAGAGCUACAGAGAAUACGAAUGAAAGAUGAAAUCCGAGAAUAUAAAUUCCGGGAGGCCCGACUCCUUCAGGACUAUACAGAACUGGAAGAAGAAAAUAUUACAUUGCAGAAACUAGUGUCCACAUUAAAGCAGAACCAGGUUGAAUAUGAAGGCUUAAAGCAUGAAAUUAAGCGAUUUGAAGAAGAAACGGUGCUACUGAACAGCCAACUGGAAGAUGCCAUUCGACUGAAAGAGAUUGCAGAGCAUCAGUUGGAAGAAGCCCUUGAGACACUGAAAAAUGAAAGAGAGCAAAAGAACAACUUGAGGAAGGAGCUGUCCCAGUACAUCAGCCUUAGCGAUAACCACAUCAGCCUCUCAGUAGACGGGCUCAAGUUUGCUGAGGACGGCAGUGAGCCCAACAACGACGACAAAAUGAACGGGCAUGUCCACGGGCCUCUGGGGAAACUGAACGGCGACUAUCGCGCUCCCACCGCCAGGAAAGGAGAGUCGCUGCACCCCGUGUCUGACUUAUUCAGUGAGCUGAACAUUUCAGAAAUUCAGAAAUUGAAGCAGCAGCUUAUUCAGGUAGAACGGGAAAAAGCCAUUCUUCUGGCCAACCUCCAGGAGUCACAAACUCAGCUAGAACAUACCAAGGGGGCACUGACAGAACAACAUGAGCAGGUGCACCGACUCACAGAGCAUGUCAAUGCCAUGAGGGGCCUUCAGAACAAUAAGGAGCUAAAGGCUGAGCUAGAUGGUGAGAAGGGCCGGAACUCAGCAGAGGAGGCUCAUGACUAUGAGGUGGACAUCAAUGGCUUAGAGAUUCUUGAGUGCAAAUAUAGAGUGGCUGUCACUGAGGUCAUUGAUUUGAAAGCAGAAAUUAAGGCCUUAAAAGAGAAAUAUAAUAAAUCUGUUGAAAAUUAUACAGAAGAAAAGACCAAAUAUGAGAGUAAGAUCCAAAUGUAUGAUGAGCAAGUGACAAGCCUUGAGAAGACAUCUAAGGAAAGUGGUGAGAAGAUGGCCCACAUGGAGAAGGAGUUGCGAAAGAUGACUGGCAUAGCCAACGAAAAUCACAAUACCCUCAAUACAGCCCAGGAUGAGUUAGUGACAUUUAGUGAGGAACUAGCCCAGCUUUACCACCAUGUCUGUCUAUGUAAUAAUGAAACCCCCAACAGGGUCAUGUUGGAUUACUAUAGGCAAAGCAGAGUUACCAGAAGUGGCAGCCUCAAGGGGCCUGAUGAUCCCAGAGGGCUUUUGUCUCCAAGAUUAUCCAGGAGGGGUGUGUCAUCUCCAGUAGAAUCAAAGACAUCAUGUGAACCAGUUUCAAAAGAAAACACAGACACUAGCAAAGAGCCAAGUCCAACUAAGACUCCCACAAUCUCUCCUGUUAUUACUGCCCCACCAUCAUCUCCAGUUUUGGAUACAAGUGAUAUCCGCAAAGAGCCAAUGAAUAUCUACAACCUCAACGCCAUAAUCCGGGACCAAAUCAAGCAUCUGCAGAAAGCAGUGGACAGGUCCUUACAGCUCUCUCGUCAAAGAGCAGCAGCCCGAGAGUUGGCCCCCAUGAUCGAUAAGGACAAGGAAGCCUUAAUGGAAGAGAUUCUCAAGCUGAAGUCCUUGUUGAGCACUAAACGGGAGCAGAUUGCCACACUGAGGGCAGUGCUGAAAGCCAAUAAACAGACAGCUGAGGUGGCUUUAGCUAAUCUGAAGAACAAAUAUGAAAACGAGAAGGCGAUGGUGACUGAAACAAUGACAAAACUGAGGAACGAGCUGAAGGCUUUGAAAGAAGACGCUGCAACUUUCUCAUCCCUGAGAGCAAUGUUUGCAACAAGAUGUGAUGAAUAUGUCACACAGUUGGAUGAGAUGCAGAGACAGUUAGCAGCUGCAGAGGAUGAGAAGAAGACUCUAAACACAUUAUUGCGAAUGGCUAUCCAGCAAAAGCUCGCCCUGACACAGAGGCUGGAGGACUUAGAGUUUGACCAUGAACAGUCCCGACGCAGCAAAGGCAAACUUGGAAAGAGCAAGAUCGGCAGCCCUAAAGUAAGUGGGGAGGCGCCAGCCACCGUGCCUACCGUAGACACUUACCUCCUGCAUAGUCAGGGCCCACAGAUACCCACCAUUCGGGUCAGCAGUGGCACUCAGAGGAAAAGACAAUUUUCACCUUCCCUUUGUGAUCAGAGUCGUCCCAGGACUUCAGGGGCUUCCUACCUACAGAGUUUAUUAAGCGUUCCCCCUGAUCCCACCUCCACAGAAUCAUUUCUUCUGAAGGGUUCCCCUUCCAUGAGUGAACUCAUCCAAGGGCAUCGGCUCAGCAAGGAAAAAAGGUUAACCGUGGCUCCACCAGAUUGUCAGCAGCCUGCUGCCUCCGUACCGCCACAGUGCUCACAACUAGCUGGGAGGCAAGACUACCCAACUGUCAGUUUGGACAUUGCCCUUCCUAAGGAGCAGCCACAUUCCAGCUCACAGUGUGCUCCUCUCCAUUGUCUCACCAAGCCUCCUUACCCCUAGUCUUCAUCUCAUGAAUGAGUAUCUGGGCUGAAGGUUUUUGUAGUGAUGCUGAGGACACUGCCUAAGAUCUAGCAGGUGUUUUCUUCUUGGCUAAUAGAUGUACAGUCCAUCAUUUUCAAAGAGGAGAGUUCAGAAGGAUGAAAUGAUGCAUAGACUGCGAUGUGAUCAAACAAUUUAUGGUUUCUCUGAGUCACAGAUAACCUGCAAUCAAAUGGCAACAGUUCACUUGAAACUGAAAUGAUACCUCCAUAGCAUAAAAGAUUCAAGACAAUGUAAAAUAGAUAUGUUAUAAAAUCAUCUUUCCCUAUACUCCAAAGUCAACUAUAGAAGUUGAUUCCAAUAUUUUCCAUUGGUAUUUAUUUUAUAUUUUAUUUGCUAUAUGUUUUAUGCUUAUAAAGAUAAUUUCUGUAAGCAGAAUUCAUUUAUUUUUAAAUAGUCAUAGUUUGCUCAGUUAAGUAAAGUUUUAAUUUAGUUUAAAAUCUGAAACUGGCCAGAUUAUGGCCCUUCUUUUUGCAGAAAAUUACAAAUGAGGUGCAUCAGAAUGUUGACAAUAACUGUUUUGCUGCUACAUGCAUAUUCUUUAUUCAGUUAUUUUCUAAUCAGUAACUCAUUAAUUGUUAGUUUUCUUUUUUAACUAGAGCAUUUCACUGGACAGUUAUUAAGUAAAUCUAAGAAUUGGCAAAGCUAUGAUUCACUGAAUUAAUCAAGUUUUGAGGGUAUCUUCAAUUUUUUAAAAUUGCAGUUGAGUAGAUAUAUUGGUGCUGCUCCUGUGUGUUUGUGUAAAAGUGUGUAUGUGUGUGUGUGUGUCUGUGUGUGUGUGUGGUUAUGUUAAAGAAGGUCAAAUUAUUUGAUGGAAAGAAAUGGUGUGCUUAUUUAAUGACUACAGGUUUUUAAAAACUUUUUCCAAAUUUAGGUUCUUAACUAUGGGUUUCCCACUAAAAGAGAUCACAAUAAAUGCAAAAAUCUAUACAUAUAUAGCUGUAAGGUAGCCUUGGCUAGUUAAUUUAUGUAGAAGGUGUAUGUUUCAUUGUUUGUUUUUUUUACAAUAAAUCUUCCUUGCCAAAAGAAAAAGAAAUAAUAAACCUUAGCUCAUUUUGACAAACUCAGGUGCCUACAGUCAUAUUGUACUGAGAUAAGACAUCCUACUUAAUUUACAAAUAUUGCUGGAUAAUUUUAUGACUUUAUUUUAGGCAAUAGAAUUUCAUAGAAAAAUUUAGUUUUUGCAUUACUGAGAAAACAAGGACAAGAGCUAAUUGAGCUGUAAGAUCUAUCUUGGACUCCUCAGUUCUCAAGUGCUGCCCACAUAAUUGUGCCCAACCCUGACUUCUUGUCCUUGCCAGGUAGCCUUAACUUACAUAAAACCACAAAGGUUUUACUUUUUCAUGUAACAAUAUCUUUAUCUUCUUUUCAAAACAAAACUGGUCCUUACUGUUAAUGAAAAGAUGAUUAGCACUGUGGGACACCAACAGUGGAGAUUUCAGAGCUACCCAGCUUAUGGAGUGGAAGGGGAGGCACACUUAUGGAGUGGUCCAUCAAAGGUCGGCUGUUAGUCACAAAGCACAUUGCAGGAGCUUUUUUGGUUUGUUAUGUUCUUGUUGAAUAGUAGUCAUGGUUACCACAGCAACCCAAAGAUUUUGUGUUCUUUGUCUGAAUAAUGUUUUCAAGUGUCAUUUCUUAUGCAACUUGGAGUUAUAGUUGAAAUAGUCACCAGAAUAAGAAUUCAGGUUGAAGUACAGCAACACACAAAACAGAUGCUGAUGGAAGUCCUAAUCAAUCAGAAGCCUCACAUAGUUGUCCCUGUCUGUAUUGCUUUGUUGUUCCUAUACAUUCUGCUCAUUUAUUAGUGUUAAAGCUGCCUGUUGCGAAUAUUAGCGAGACAGUACGAAUUUUAUUAGAGUUCAGUUAAAGACAACUUCCUUGGUUCUCCCCCACCCCACCUUUUCAUAAGAAUGAUUUGAAAUCCAAGGAGUGUCAGAGUCACUAAGUUGGGAAUAAGUACGUGAGGGAAUAAGCACCUCAGAACAAGGUGUGUGUUUGGUUUGGAAACUUGACAGUGGAUCUCUCCUCUGGGUACCACUGUUGACAUAGCUGCAUUGUGUUUGUGUGUAAAGUUGAUUUCUUCCAAUAUGCAAUUUAUCACUAAGUCUGUUAUAAACUAUUUUUAUUGUUUAUUUGAAUAGAGUGGGAAAUGUUUGUUUUGAAAUAUUAAUUCUAUAAAAUAUUAAUUAUAACAGAAUUUUGCCAAGAAGAUAUAGAGACCAUUUUCAGCACAAAAGUAGGUGGUAGUCACUAAGCAGUAAGAGACUACCAUGUGUUUAUGUGGUAACAUCAUUUAGUAUAGUAUAAACUGAGCCAUAUUUAUUUAUUUACAGACCCUUCAAUGAAUAAAUUUAGAGUGCUGAUAAAAGUGAGUACUUGUAAAAAUAGUGUCAGGAUGUAAAACUUGAAAAACUGGUGAGACAAAAAGCAUGACUCUCAGUAAGAGUGUGAAGGUGCAUUUGAUAUUAAAAUAUAAACUACAGAAGUACUGCAAAUGCUAAUAUUUAUAAACAUUUCAAACAAAUGUGAAGUAAUGUUCAAGAUUAGUUAGCAAAGUAACCAACUAUUGUGAAAUUUUCAUUACGUGCGCAUGCGCACGUGCGCGCAUGCGCGCGCGCGCGCACGCGCACACACACACACACACACACACACACACAUCCACACAUCCACAGCAUGUGUGGUAAAGUCAGAGAAAACCCUGCAGGAGCUGCUUCUCUCCCACAACCAUGCGGAUCCCAGGGACUGACCGGAGAUUAUCAGGCCUAGUGGCAGGCCUCUGUACCUGAUGAGCUAUCUUACUGAUCCUAUUUUUUUUUUAAUCAAAGCACAAUUACAAAGCUGAAUAGAUGAAUUAGUAUGCAGAAAUGCCUUCUCAUUGAAGGCAUUUUCAUUAAAACAUAAUAGUAAAAUAAAAAGAAGCAAUAAAUUGCUUUUAGCCUAAGUGCUUAGGAACAUGAAUAAAACUUUGGAUGUAUAAACAUUUUCCAUAUCUAAAUCAGAAUUUUAAAAAAUGGAGGAGAAAACAUGAAUUUUGAAAACUUCAAAAAAUAUAAAUUUAUUAAGGAAUGAAGAGAAGAGUCAUUUGGAAAUUAUACUUUAUAUUUGCCUAAGGGAGAAGAGAUACAAUAAUGAAGUUCAGAAAAAGGACUUAACAAAUGACGGAGAGCAGCUACAGAUCCCGUAAGACUAAAGGAGAAGGGUUAGUAUUACUUAUAGAAAAGGGAUAUUUAAAAGUGGAAAAUUAAUCCUUGGAUAGUUACAAGGCUUUGUUUUUAAAAAUGUAAUCUUAGGGUAGUCUUCUAAGUAUAGACAAUUUACAAUUUAUUCUAAGAGCCCACAAUUUUAUGAUCUUUUGUUUUAAAUUUAAAAUAUAUUAAAAUUUUCUUGGUUGGUCAUGGAAUAUUUUUACUUUUGAACUAGGAUAACAAUCUUAAUUUUUCUAAGGUAUUUAUUAUUUUUAAAGGAUUUCUUUAAAGUUCUCUGAAAUGUAGCAACUUCACUUAAAAAAGCUUCAGGGUCAGAGUCUAAAAAACAAAUAUCCUCAAGAAAAGUCCAUAAAUAGAAACUAUGCAAUAUUUUAGAGGAGACAAGUGCUUUUUAAAUUUUAUUUACUUACAAAGAUAUGUUUGAUGUGUUUCCUUAAAUAGAAUCUUGUUCAUUCAAUCCAAGGAUGUCACAAAUGUCUCUAACAUUUGCUUUAUCCAUCCUGUAGAACAAGUUCUUGUACAGAUAAGUCCUUCUCUAUUAAAUAAGCAUGAACAGUUGGUCUAUUAAACUAUCUAAGUAUGUGGAUGUUCCCUGAUAUACUAUAUUGAAUAAAAUCUUCUCCAACAACCAAGCACAGAUUACAAAUAAUGAUAUGAAUAAAUCAAGUGUAUUCCCUACUCUGAUUAAUGUCAAUUUUAUUGUUUAAGUCAGCCAAAAGAUUCAGUCUUUAUUACAAAGAUAUCCAGUGGGCAGGAGUAAGGUGUAGCUCAGCAGUGGGGUGCUUGCUGGACCUGUGUGAGACGCUAGAAGCAUCCACAGCACUGCAAAACAAGCAAACAAACCAAAACUGAUGUGUUUCUCUGAAUAGAAUCUUGUUCAUUCAAUCCAAGGUUGUCACAAAUGAAUUGAUACUGUACAUCUAAAUAAAUUUGCAAAGUCAACAAUGUUUAUAACUGUUUCUUAAUAAAGUGAUUUAAAAUAAUCUUUGCAUUAAGGAUGCAAAAAUUACAAGUUUUCCAAUAAAGUAGAAAGCUGCCAGACUGCAGUCAUGCUGAAAGCAGCUUGGCCAAUGCUGAAAACUAAGUACUUACUUCAAAUCAGUGUCCUAACUCACGAGUGACCACUUCUAUUUUCUGUAAAAAUAACCCAAGAUGGGUUGUCUGAAAUUAAAUUCAUCUUUAUUUAAAUGACAUUUUAACUACCAUAGUUCCUGAUAUAUUGUAGCCUGAUUUUUUUUUAAUUUUAAUACCUGAAACAUUUCAAGUAAAACAUCUUUUUUAUCUGAUUACUCAAGAUAUAAAUUAGUGAGAUAAUUGGUAUGAAAUAUGUUCUUUUAUUUGGGAUAUUUAAGGAAUGACAAUCUGUUUAUGAGAAGGAGCAAACAAUUAACCUUCAAAGUGUAAAGCAAGAGUAUAAGAUGUUUGCAUAAAAUAUUUCACAUCAUGUAAGCUUUUCCAUAUCCUUACAUGGAUGUUACAUAGAAGUCUUACUUGUCUUGUGUUCUCCAUUACGAAUGUAAGGAGGCUGUUACAUGUACUAGGUCUUUUCCAUACUGAAAUGCAUGGCUUUGUCCCUCUAGUAUAUUUUCAUACCUCUCAGCAGGAGUUAUUUAAUAAUCUGCCACAUCUGAACUGAAGCAUAAAUGACCUGCUGAGCCACAUAAUUUCUGAGAUUGUAGUUUAAUUGCUUUACAAUACUUGGUGAGAAUUUAUUAUUUUAACUUCCAUUUACAAUCAGUCUCUGUCAUCAUAACUAUCUGAUGAGACCAUUAAGAACUAAAUUUGAUGCCUCUUAGUGUGAAUGUAUGUUUUUCUUUCAAAAAAGUUACUUUAAUUUUUUUAUUUUGUUUUGUUUGUUUGUUUAUUUGUUUGAGACAGGAUUUUUCUGCAUAGCCCUGGCUGUCCUGGAACUCACUCUGUUGACUAGACUGGCCUUGAACUCACAGAGAUCACCUGCCUCUCCAAAGAAAUAAUUUUAAAUAUCAGAAAACUAUGAAGAUAAGAGAAAUGACACCACUGUGCUGACAAAUCUUUAUCUUGUAAUAAAGAAACAGAAGGAAUCAUUAGGUUCAUAGCUAUGACUAUGUGGCAAUCAGAGAAAAUACUUUUUAAUGUUAUUGUUACAGAACUUUUAAGCUCAAUGGUUUGACUGUUAGAGUCAAUUAAACAAAUUUUUGAAAAUAUUUUAUGACAUUUUUGUAAUAUAUUUAGUGUCUUUAUUUGCAUGGCUAUGCAUAUAUGAAGACAUGAUUCUGAUGUUGUGUUUCUUUCCCAUGUUAAAGUUUGUGUUGUGUGUGGUCAGACCUAAUUCCUGCACUGUAUGAUUAUUCUUGUAAUGGUUCAGUUAUUCCUACCUUUGUUAUCCUUUGGGAUUUAAAUCAUGUGAAGUGUUUCUAUCUAAUAAUAAUAACCAUGAAAACAUGACUAAAAUACUAAUUUAAGAAAUGCCUUUUCUUUUACUAAUUAUUUUAAAAAUCCAACAUCAAAUACGUUAUCAAAGAUACAUGCAUUUAAGUAAAGUUCUUGUAAGUUUAUUGUUUGUUGUUUUUUAAACUUUUUUAUUGUAGAUAAUCCCAAAUGAAUCUCUCAAAGGAGAAUCCUUAUGGCAUAUGCUUGAUUUUGUCCAUUCAAUAUUUGUGAAAAAAACUCCCUUGCUAAGGAAAUAACUGGAUGCUGAUAAUUAUCAUCUUGGUUUAUCUUGCCAACUGAACGUCCUGUAUUCCAAAGCUUUUUCCAGUAAAUAAACUGAUUAUCUUUUGUUCACUUCA